ACUCCAAUAUAUCGCAGAUUGGUUAACUACACAGAGCGCGCGGCUCGGCGCCAGAGCUGGACACUGUGCACGCAUUCCUCAUUCAGAGUGGACUGUACAAGAAGAUACAAUCUAAGCUUUUUAAUCUCGACCCUGGGUUUGUUUGGUGGCUCAAACCUGCAACUUAAUCGUAAUUAAUUCUGAGGACGCUGUGGGAGGAGGGCGACGCUCAAUCAUCCCGGGACCGGAGUGAAGGUUCGCCGCGCAAGGGAAUAAUUAGAAACCCGUGUGUGACAGCAGAGUGUCAGACUCAAGAGAGACUGUGGAGCAGAGAGGACAAGUGGGGACUGAGGGAUCCUGUGAAGUUUCUCCGUGUGGCAGCCAGUUUUUUUUAAGAGACGGGAAGAAAGUGUUGUGGAGGAAAGCUCCUCUCCAAUGCGCCGCGUACUGAUGGACUGAGAUCGGUGGAAUUUGGAAUAUUCUUCCCCUGUUUUUAUCAGUUAUAGACGAUAUCUCCGACCGAAAUGCUGCCCUGCAUCAUCUUCAUCGGCUUGUUUCUCACUGCAGCCCUAUCCCAGGAUAUCAUUCCCUCACAGGCAUCAUCCUCCAUAAGUGAGUCUUGUGACUCAUUGUGCUCCUGCGAGGGAAAAGAUGGCAUCCUUCACCUGAACUGUGAGCAAAGAAACAUCACCAAAAUCUCCCAAAUCAAAGUCCCGUCAGGUGUGCCUUUCCACCUGAACCUUUACAAAAAUGACUUGGUUGAGCUCCGCGCAGAGGAGAUGGAAGGGCUUAAGAAUGCCCUUUCACUGCACAUCGGGGGUAAUAGCAUUCAAGAGCUGGAACCAGGGGUGUUUAGCAGUCUCGGUUCACUGAAAAAACUCCACAUAAAUAGCAAUUUCCUUGUCAACCUGAAAGAGGACACUUUUCAAGGCCUGGUGAAUUUGGAGUUUCUCCAAGCUGACACAAAUUUCAUUCGGGUCAUCGAGCCCGGGGCCUUCAACAAACUGAUCCGCCUCAAGGUCCUCAUCCUCAAUGAUAAUGUCAUCGAGUUUUUACCCAACAACAUUUUCCGGUUCGUGCCCCUCACCCACCUGGACUUGCGUGGCAACAAACUGCAGACUCUGCCUUAUGUCGGCUUUCUGGAGCACAUCGGACGGAUAAUGGAACUGCUUUUGGAGGACAAUAAGUGGGUCUGCGACUGUGAUAUUUUACAUUUAAAAAUCUGGAUGGAGAACAUGAGGUCCCAGUCAGCAAUUGGGGAUGUACUCUGCAGCACACCAAAUCACCUAAAGGGGACAAUUCUGGCUAAAGUCAAGAAGGAUGUUCUCUGCCCGUCCCAUGCUGACAUUAACCUGGAAGAGCCGUCGAAGUCACUGGAUAUGGUUGUAACGCCCUCCUCCAAAGCGUCCCAGAUUCCCAAGAUGAUUGACGCCAAGGCACCGACACCGUCUAACCUUCCCGGCAGUCCUUGUGUGGAGCACUGUUCCUGUCACAAUCACCCUGUGGCUGGCUUUUUGAUGCAUUGUCAGGACAGAGGCAUUCAGAAGAUAUCAGAUAUCGGAAUACUUCAGCAAAGCCCCGCUAAACUGGUCAUGACGGGAAAUAUGAUUCAGAAGCUAUUGAAGUCAGAUUUUGUCACAUAUGAUAGUUUAGAAUUGCUCAACUUGGCCAACAACAGAAUUGAUUACAUUGACAACGAAACGUUCCUCAGCUUGAGCAGUUUGAAAAAACUCUAUUUGAAUGGCAACCGCAUUGAAAAACUGUUCUCCACAAUGUUUGUGGGGCUCCACAACCUUGAAUAUCUGUAUCUGGAAUACAACCUUAUCAAAGAGAUUGCCCCGGGCACAUUUAAUCCCCUGCCAAACCUGAAGCUGUUGUCAUUAAAUAACAACCUGCUCAGCUCCCUUCCCGCGCAGAUUUUUCGCAAUGUGCCCCUCACCAAAUUAAACUUGAGGAAAAAUCUACUUAUGCACCUGCCAGUGAGCAACGUGCUUGAUCAACUCGACUCGCUGGAGCAGAUUUAUUUAGAGGACAACCCCUGGGACUGCAGCUGUGACUUGCUCAGCCUCAAACAAUGGGUGGAGAAGCUCCAAAAAGACACAGUGGUUGGCUCCAUUUAUUGCCACAGCCCUAAGAAAGUGAUGCAGGCGGAGCUGAGAAGCCUCCGUUAUGAGGUGCUAUGUCCUGGUCUGGGGACCUACUACCCUCCGUCCCCAGGUGAUGAAGUGACCGCCACCCUGGGGCCUGACAGUCAAGGACAGGGUUUGUUCAGCUCGCUCACGGACAGUGUCCCACUCUCUGUGCUCAUCUUAUGCCUUCUCAUGUUGAUCCUCAUGAUUAUCUUCUGCUCAGCCGGAUUGGUGGUGUUUGUAGUGCAUCGGCGGCGGAGAAGAGCGAAGAGAAAAGCAGCCGAGGAACAGCCGAGAGAAAACAGCAGCAGUCCAAUUCACUUACACUACAGCAUGUACGGGCAGAAAACGACACACCACACCAUGACACAGAGAACAGGGUCUGCCUCUCUGUACGAAGAGAGAUCCCACAGUCCUAUUGUGCAGAUCUGUCGCAACCCCACCUACUGCUCCCAGCACAAGGAGCACGACAUGGAUUUGGAUUAUGGCCUCGACGAUCCCAGCGCCAAGCAUCACCUCUGCCGGAGUAUCAUGGAGAAGGAAAACACUUCCCCACUCACAGGAAACCCCAGCUCAAAGUUUCGACCCAUGACUGGCGAGUGCCCCGCCGAGUUCGUCACGCUCGGGAAUCCCAACUCUUUCUACAGGAACAUUUUCGAGCGGGAGAAGGAGCUGCAGCAACUUGGAAUAACUGAGUACCUUAGGAAAAACAUGCCCCAGCUUCAGUCUGCCGUAGACAUGCAGGUCCCUGGGCACCAGGAAGAGUUGAAGCUAAUGGAGACGAUUAUGUACUCAAGACCACACAAGGUCAUGCUUGAGCAAACUAAGAACGAGUACUUUGAACUCAAGGCCAACCUGCACACUGAGCCAGACUACUUGGAGGUUCUGGAGCAUCAAACUGCAUUUAACUGAACUCAAGCAGAAAAAAUAUAUAUAUAUAAACCUAUAUAUUAUGUUUGGAACCAAGUGCCUUGUCCUGUUUGCCCUCCUGUACUUUCCAGUGUGAGAUAUAUAUAUUAUGGGCACACCACUUUUAGUUAUAUUGUAGCACAGAAUGUAACUGGUUUUGUUUGUGUUACAUUUCAUCUGUUGACAGCCAUGUUAUGUAGCUGGUGAGAGUAAUGUUUGGCCAAAUGUAACGUCAAGAAGCUAUUACAGUGGACCUGGGUUGAAACCCUCUUUGAAAUGGGCUAAAUCAGCUUGUGAUGAUUGAUUAAAUCUGAAUUGAUCUGCACAGCUCACCAGAUGUUUGGAAAGAAGUGGGUGAAUUUCAAUCACCACUUGACCCAGAAUUGCUGUUUAAUCAGUGUAUCCUGUGUAUGACCUGAUUACGCCCUCUGUCAACACAAGCCAGCUGGAAUGCUGUAACGAAAUGCUCAAUGUGCCGUAGAGUCAGCGAAAUGCCAACUGUACAUUGGAAAGCGUCGGUAGGAGUGUGGCUCCGCUGAUAUACUGUCAGCUCUCUCGAUCAAUUCAAUACACUGCAGUCAUAGAUCCUUUUAUUUAUUUUUAUACAAACUGGUGACAUUCUCACAGAAAGGAUGUUUUAUGUUACUUUGAAACAGAAAAUACAGCACUUAAAGUAUAUUAUACACAACUGUAAUCUUGUAAAAAAAUGCAUUGCACUAAUCAAAUGCCAUAAGAUGGUGCAUGACAAUCAAAAAAGGCCUGCUGAUUUUUUUUUUUUCUUUUUCUGCCACAAAUAAUGAGGCACAAAUGUGUAUGGUACUACAGUGUGUGUUUAUGUGUGCGAGCGGAUGUGAGAUUGUGUUUCAUGUCACUAUUUUAUGUCUGACAAAAGCUCCUUCCUCAUGCUGACUGGCUGAUCUGCUUCUUAGAGGCGGGGCAUAUUCACCUGUUAGCACACGGACGGUUACUCGCUCCAACUUACCUGCCGACUGACUUCAGCCAACCUCUCUCGGCUCAUAUUAAAAGCAAUGGACCGCUGGCGACUGACAUUUGAAAUGUGGACAUUGUCAGACUUUACACACUCCUUCAUACUCCUGGAAACAUUUGAAACGGUUCAUGUAAGCACACACUAUGUAGCUUUUCUACUUAACUAGAUUUAAUUAUUUAUUCUGUAUAUUUUGUAUAUACUUAUGUUCCAUUAUAUCUUUGUUUUUGUGUGCCUUCAGUGCUGUACAGAAUAUAAACAGAUGCUGUAACUGAUGAACAGGAAAUAAAGAGUUGCAAUAUUACAUUA